UACUUUUGAUUUCUUUGAAUCCAUCUAUCAUUAUUGUCCAAACCUUUCAGCUUAUAAUUAUUAUCCUCAUCUUCUAUUGAAAACCCCCUCCUAUUUUGUCUCACAAUUAUACUUGACUUUGAAGAUCCAAACCAGGCUUGUCUGAGAUGGAAGAAAUUGAUGUUCCUGCUCAUUUUCUCUGCCCGAUUUCAAUGCAACUUAUGAGAGAUCCGGUCACCCUCUCAACUGGGAUAACCUACGAUCGGGACAGCAUUGAAAGAUGGUUGUUUUCUUGCAAGAACAACACUUGUCCGGUAACAAAGCAAGUUUUGUGUGAUACGGAGCUUCUUAUUCCGAACCAUACUCUACGCCGGUUGAUCCAAGCAUGGUGCACCCUCAAUACUUCUCAAGGUAUUGAACGCAUUCCAACCCCGAAGCCACCAGUGGACAAAGCCCAGAUCGUCAAAAUCCUCAACGAGGCAAAGAAGUUCCCAAAUAUGCAACUCAACUGCCUCAGAAGACUUAAAAGCAUUGCAUUUGAAAGCGAAAGGAACAAGAAGUGUUUAGAGGCAGCUGGUGGAGUUGUUUUCUUGGCUUCAAUCAUAGUAAGAGAGAAUGGAAACGAUGAUAUAAUGAUAACUGAAGCAGCUGUUGAUCUUCUUUCUAAUCUUAAAUUCUCAGAAACAGAUCUCAAGAAUCUCAUAAACAAUGAUGGUGAAUUUGUGGAGUCUCUGUUGCAAGUUUUGAAGCGUGGAAACUAUCAAUCUAGAGCAUACACAACCAUGUUAUUGAAAUCCGUUUAUGAAGCGGCUGGUCCGAUCCAAUUGAUCAACGUUAAACCCGAAUUCUUCUCUGAAAUAGUCCGCGUUUUGCAAGACCAAAUCUCGCAGCAAGCCUCUAAGGCCGCAUUGAAGCUUCUUGUGGAGCUUUGUCCAUGGGGAAGAAACCGAAUCAAAGCUGUCGAAGGUGGUGCAGUUGUAGUCCUGAUAGAGCUCCUUAUUGAGGCAUCAGAAAGGAGGGUGUGUGAGCUUGUGCUUGUUGCUUUGGACCAGCUUUGUGGUUGCGCAGAAGGGCGGGCGGAGUUGUUGAAGCAUGGAGCGGGGCUGGCGAUUGUAUCAAAGAAAAUUCUAAGGGUUUCUCAUGUGGCCAGUGAUAGGGCAGUAAGAAUUUUGUCCUCAGUUUCUAGGUUUUCUGCCACUUCUAGGGUUCUUCAGGAAAUGUUACAAGUGGGUGUUGUAUCCAAGUUGUGUUUGGUUUUUCAAGUUGAGAGUAGUUUAAAGACCAAGGAGAAAGCUAGGGAGAUCCUCAGAAUGCACUCUAAGGUUUGGAAGAAUUCUUCAUGUAUUCCUGCUCAUUUGGUUUCAUCUUAUCCAUCUUCUUGAUAAUAUAGCUACUUUCGUGUACAUAAUGGAAAUUAGUCGUGCAGAGGAAAAUUAAGCUGCAUGCGAAUUUCUUGAAUCAUAUACAUAUGGAUUUGAAGUGGCGUCCAAAAAAGAGAGAGAAAUGUUUUCAAUGUCAUAGCUUUGUUAUUCUUUGAGAAGCGUCUCGGCUGUUUUGUUUGUUUUCUUUCUAAUAAUAUUUAUUAGAUUAGAUUAGACAUCAAUUGUAA